AUGCUAACAACGGCACGAUGCAGCUACGUAUUUGGACGCUUCCAGUUCAGCCUGGAAUACCAAGAAGAAUCCAACAUGGAUGACAGUCUAAAAUCCCAGUACCGCACGAUUCCGACCUUCUUGACGCUCUUCAUCUUCGGCUUUCUCUACAUCCUAGUUCUGUCGUGGGAUGCCCUGCGGCUGAAGAACACAAUUCAAAUCAUCGGCCUUUGCGUGGCCAAUCUCGCCCUGUUCAUCUACACGAUCCUCCAAAUUGACCAGAUCAACAACUCGAUCGCUCGCUUGCUAAAGGCCGGCCUGCUGAAGCCGGACGAAGCAGAUCAGAAUGUUUGGGCCAUGUGCAGGCCAUUUCUCGUUGCGAUUCCCGUCAUUAUUGGCGUCGUCACCAUCGCCAUGAGCCUUAUCGCUUAUCAGCUCUACCAGGAGUUUGCCUGGGACAUACUGAAGCAGAUCGGCGCCGACUACCGCAUGAAGAAACGCUUCCUGCACUAUCAGAUUUACAUCGCCCUACUGAAAUUUGAUUUCUUCUUCUUCCUCGGCUUCACUGUUCAGUUCGUAGUCGUUGUCACCGGAGUCAACCCCGUCGAAUUCGGCUUGCACGUGGCCGCCAUCCCGGUGACAAUCGCGAUUCUGCUCUGCGCCGCCUUUUCCACCCGCCGCGAGAACAUGAUCGGCGCUAUCCUGGUAGUCCUGCUGUACUUUGGCGGUCUUGCUUACUUCUUCUUCAAGCUGGUGCGCAUCUACCAGCCGGGCCACAGCCAGGACUAUGACGCCGUCAGGCGCUCGCUGACGGCGUUUGCCGUCCUGACCAUCAUACUCAUCAUCUUGACCAUCAUCAAUGCAUUUAUCUGCAUGAGCAACUUUGGCAACGGGCUGAAAGACCAUCUGCUCAAACCAAAGGGCCAGGACCCGGAGAAGGAGGAUGCGAACUCGUAUCAGAUGCACGAUCAGAAGCCGCCGCUGACUAGCCGGAUGACUAUUGACUAA